AUGGGAAGCCUUGAUUCCAAUAACAGCUCUCAAACCCAAUCCAAUGUCCCGAAAUUCAACCCACUUGACCCGGAAGUAUUCCGUACCCAAGCCCAUCAAAUGGUGGACUUCAUUGCUGAUUACUACAAGAAUAUUGAGACCUACCCGGUUCUAAGCCAAGUCGAACCGGGUUAUCUCCGUACUCAAUUACCCGAAAAUGCCCCCUACUGCCCCGAAUCAUUCGAUUCAAUUAUGAAAGAUGUCCAGAACCAUAUUGUCCCGGGUAUGACCCAUUGGUUAAGCCCGAAUUUCUUCGCAUAUUUUCCUGCUACCGUUAGUUCCGCCGCGUUCAUUGGUGAAAUGCUGUGCAAUUGUUUCAACUCCGUCGGGUUUAACUGGCUGGCUUCGCCAGCCAUGACGGAGUUGGAAAUGAUAGUCAUGGACUGGCUCGCUAAUAUGUUGAAAUUACCAAAAACCUUCAUGUUUUCUGGCACGGGUGGUGGUGUACUUCAAAGUACAACCAGUGAAGCGAUCUUAUGCACGCUAAUCGCUGCGCGUGAUCGUAAACUCGAUAAUAUAGGCGCUGAUAACAUCGGAAAGCUCAUAGUUUACGGUUCUGAUCAAACGCACUCUACGUAUACCAAAGCCUGCAAGGUAGCUGGUAUUUUACCAUGCAAUAUUCGUGCGGUACAAACUUCUAUUGAAAGCGAUUUCGCUUUAUCUCCUGUAGUCCUACGUGGAAUUAUUGAAGCUGAUGUUGCUGCUGGACUAGUCCCACUUUUCCUCUGUGCUACUGUUGGGACCACUUCCACUACAGCCGUCGAUCCCCUCAGCCAGCUGGGUCAGCUGGCUGAGGAAUUCGACAUUUGGUUCCACGUGGACGCUGCUUAUGGAGGGAGCGCAUGUAUAUGUCCAGAGUUUAGACGAUACCUCGAUGGAAUCGAACGAGCUAACUCGUUGAGCCUAAGCCCUCAUAAGUGGCUACUAAGUUACUUAGAUUGUUGUUGCAUGUGGGUGAGAGAACCAAACGUGUUAGUCAAGGCAUUGAGCACGAAUCCCGAGUACCUACGUAAUAAACGAUCCGAAUACGACUCGGUUGUUGAUUACAAAGACUGGCAAAUCGGUACGGGACGAAAGUUCAAGUCUCUCCGAUUAUGGCUCGUCAUGCGUAGUUAUGGCGUAGCCAAUCUUCAGAGUCACAUUAGGUCCGAUGUUCGUAUGGCCAAAAUGUUCGAAGGGUUCGUUAGGUCUGAUCCGAGGUUUGAAGUUGUCGUGCCGCGACGUUUCUCUCUCGUGUGCUUCCGGUUCAACCCGAACAAGGAGCAUGAACUGGUGUACAUCGAGUUUUUAAACAAGAAAUUGCUUGAUAGUGUUAAUUCAACGGGUCUAGUUUACAUGACACACACAAUAGUUGGUGGAAUAUACAUGUUAAGGUUUGCAGUAGGUGCUACACUGACGGAGGACAGACAUGUAAUUUCAGCUUGGAAGUUGAUUAAGGAGUCAGCAGAAGUUUUGCUGAGAAGAAGUGUGUUUUAAUUAAAAAAUAAAAGAAGAAGAAUAAAUGUUUGGAUUUG